CGACGAAGGAUCACCUUUUGCAUCAGCGUCACGGCUGCAGUCGCCGUUCCGUGACGGCGCUGAAAAUGGCCUCAUGGCACUGUAUUAGAGCCCAGGCCGCCAUGGCGCCCACUCUUUUAUUGUGGCCUCUUCCUAUGUGCCUCAACUUUCCAGUCAUCCUGCCAUCUUCCUAUCUCAUUUAUAUUAUUAUUCUGGGUUCCUGUAUUUACAAGCUUUUUUUCCAUAUACCAAUUUCCACAUUACUGCAUGAACAAGAAGAAGCUUGCUCACUGCUUUAUAUUUGCUCUCUAGCUUUGCUGUGUCUUCGUCUUACUUUCUACCCCCUCCCUCUCCAUACAAAACCGGUGUUCGUUCGUUAUCUAAUUCCGUUGAAUCCAAGCGAUGAAAUGCCCACUGUCCUGACUGAAUAGACAUCUGCGUGACGCUACAUAUGAGACAGAUUUGACGGAGCCAGAUGAUACCCCGAGCCCAUGAAAACGUUUUCAGGCGGAUGAAAGCCACCCCGCUUUGGAAUCAGGAGAACCUGAUGACGCAGGAGAAUUCUACAAUGACCCACUUGAUGAUACUGGGAUCGACCUGUUCAAGAUCCCUGAAGAUUUUGAUAAGGCAGAAGGAACAAUCUUGCAGUGAGAGUGGAUUUAAACUCACUGGAAACAGUACUGUGACGUAUACUUAGCUGUUGGUUUUAGUGCUGACGAGUCUGAACUAGAAAG